AAGCUUAUUAAGUUAGAAGAAGCAAUACAAAACCCUAGUGACAGUGUUCAAAACUAUCGUUCUUCAUUUCACAUCACUCGCCGCCGAGGGCUUGCGCACUCAACUCAUCAACAAUGGUUGCCGCUAAGAAGACCAAGAAGACUCAUGAGAGCAUUAACAACAGGCUCGCUCUUGUUAUGAAGAGUGGCAAAUUUACCCUCGGUUAUAAAACCGUUCUCAAAUCCUUGAGGAGCUCCAAAGGGAAAUUGAUUAUCAUUGCCAACAACUGUCCUCCUUUGAGGAAGUCUGAAAUCGAAUACUAUGCUAUGUUGGCAAAGGUUGGAGUUCAUCAUUACAAUGGGAACAAUGUUGACUUGGGCACUGCCUGUGGAAAAUAUUACAGAGUGUGCUGCCUCAGCAUUAUUGAUCCUGGUGAUUCGGACAUCAUUAAGUCAAUUCCUGGAGACCAGUAAAAGUAGGAAAGAUUUUCUGUUUGAUGUUUUCUAUUCUCAGUUGUUUAGACAUUGAUGAAAGAAAUUCUACUGGUGUACUAUGCUUUGUAUUUGGGUAUCCCAGCUGAUCCAGCAUUGAGUAAUUUUGAUUGCAAUUUUUGUUUAAUUUCGAUGAUUGCUAUAAAGUUAAUACUUCUAGUUUGUUAUUUAAUGCCAUUGUGUUACCUGUUUA